AUGAACACUUUGAUCUUCUGGGACUCUACACUGGCAUAUUCUGCGCAAAACUAUGCCGACACUUGUCCAACUUCAAAAUCUGGUGCCACUGGCUACGGGGAAAACAUCUUUAAUAAAUUCACCACUUCCCCGGCAACUUAUCUUGAUGGAUAUGCUACUGAUGCUCCAUACAAAUGGGAUGAGCAAUUAUCGGACUUUGGCUUGAGCUCGCUGACCAUGGACGCCACCAUUUUGGCCAGUGGAGUGGCCGACGCGACACAAAUGUAUUGGGCUAAAACCAAGUACGUCGGCUGCGGAGUGAAAAACUGCGGACCCGACCCAUCUCAAGCUAACAAAACUCGCAUAGUUGUGGUUUGUCAUUAUACACCAAAGUAA